GAAAUCAAGGAGGAAUCAGAAAAAUUAAGCCCACCCAGCGGAGACAGCAAAUCGGGCUCCAGCACUUUACCGCCAAUCAAAUCAAAGACCAACUUCAUCGAAGCCGACAAGUACUUCUUGCCGUUUGAGCUGGCAUGUCAGUCCAAAUGUCCCCGCAUCGUCAUCACAUCACUCGACUGUUUACAGAAGCUGAUCGCUUAUGGCCACCUGACGGGCAGCGCACCGGACAGCACAGCUCCGGGCAAGAAGCUCAUAGACAGAAUCAUCGAGACCAUCUGUGCUUGCUUCCAAGGACCGCAGACUGACGAGGGCGUGCAGCUACAGAUUAUUAAGGCUCUCUUGACGGCUGUGACCUCUCAGCACAUAGAAAUCCACGAGGGUACCGUGCUGCAGGCUGUCCGUACCUGCUACAACAUCUACCUGGCCAGCAAGAACCUCAUCAACCAGACCACAGCAAAGGCUACACUCACGCAGAUGCUUAACGUCAUCUUUGCACGCAUGGAGAAUCAAGCACUGCAGGAAGCAAAACAGCUGGAACGGGAGCGCCACCGGCAGCACUCCCCAGUCACCCAGCACACUGAGCCAGACUCCCCCCAUCUCCAGACUCAUCCUAACCCUCCCGCCAAGGCUCUGACCCGGGAGGCCAACGGGCCCGUCAGCCCUCCAACCCCCAGCAUCACCAUCCCGUCCACCCCCUCCACCCCCUCCACGCCGGCCCCGGAGUCCAGCAGGCGGUCUGUGUCUGGGGAGCCGGAAGAGCAGGGAGCGCAGGGGCCCGUGUACGAGAGCCCAGAUCCAGAAAACGGUUCUGAGUUCUGCGUGGCUGAAAAUGAGCAGACUGAGGCAGACCAAGCGACUGCGGCAGCACAGAGUGCAGCAACUCAGGAGCACGAAGGAGCUUGUGAUGAGGGGGGCCCGAAUUAUGAAGAAAAAGCCCAGGAAAUAGUCCAGAGCAUUCUCCAGGAGGUGGUCAACACAGUUGCAGGAGGCCACUGCCUGGACCCUGCACACCUCUGCUCUGAUGCCAAGGAGUCCGGAACUGAGGGCGAGCCAGCCGAGUCUGAGCCGGCUGAAGGGGUCAUGGAGGGCACCCAGAGCUCCCUGGGGGACGAGGGCACAAUGGGGAGCGACAGUGAGCACGUCCACGCCAACGGCAUCCCCGGCACGCCCAUUUCUGCGAGCUUCACGCCCUCCCUGCCCGACGACCGACUGUCUGUCUCAUCCACUGACACUCAGGAAUCGGGGGCGGCACCGGGUCAGCCACCAGGUGCUAAAUUCUCCCACAUACUCCAGAAAGAUGCUUUUCUGGUCUUUCGCUCUCUCUGCAAGCUGUCGAUGAAGCCACUGUCAGACGGACCACCUGAUCCCAAGUCCCACGAGCUUCGAUCGAAGGUUUUGUCCCUCCAGCUGCUGCUGUCCAUCCUGCAGAAUGCCGGCCCCAUCUUUAAGACCAAUGAGAUGUUCAUAAAUGCCAUCAAGCAGUACCUCUGUGUGGCCCUGUCCAAGAACGGCGUCUCCUCUGUGCCUGAAGUCUUCGAGCUGUCGCUCUCCAUUUUCCUGACUCUGCUGUCUCACUUCAAGACACACCUCAAAAUGCAAAUUGAGGUGUUCUUCAAAGAGAUUUUCCUGUAUAUUCUUGAGACGUCUACAAGCUCCUAUGACCAUAAGUGGAUGGUCAUCCAAACCCUCACUAGAAUAUGUGCAGAUGCCCAGAGUGUGGUGGAUAUCUAUGUUAAUUAUGAUUGUGACUUGAAUGCUGCUAAUAUAUUUGAACGAUUGGUUAACGACCUCUCAAAAAUCGCGCAGGGUCGCGGGGGCCAUGAGCUCGGUACAACCCCCCAACAGGAGCUGACUCUGCGAAAGAAGGGCCUUGAAUGUUUAGUGUCCAUCCUGAAAUGUAUGGUAGAAUGGAGUAAAGACCAAUACGUCAACCCCAACUCCCAGACCAGCCUCGGGCAAGAAAAACCAUCAGAGCAGGAAAGCACAGAGACGAAAGCACCGGAGACCAUCAACCGCUAUGGAAGCAUUAACUCACUUGACUCCACAGCCUCGUCUGGCAUCGGAAGCUACAGCACACAGAUGUCAGGCACGGACAACCCUGAGCAGUUUGAGGUCCUCAAACAGCAGAAGGAGAUCAUCGAGCAGGGCAUCGACCUGUUCAAUAAGAAACCAAAGAGAGGAAUCCAGUACCUUCAAGAGCAAGGCAUGCUGGGUACAACACCAGAAGACCUUGCUCAGUUCUUGCACCAGGAGGAGAGACUUGAUUCGACUCAAGUGGGAGAAUUCCUCGGCGAUAACGACCGUUUCAACAAAGAGGUGAUGUACGCCUACGUGGAUCAGAUGGAUUUCCAGGGCAAAGACUUUGUGUCUGCGCUAAGGAUGUUCCUGGAGGGCUUUCGGCUUCCCGGGGAGGCCCAGAAGAUUGAUCGGCUCAUGGAGAAAUUUGCAGCAAGAUAUCUUGAAUGCAACCAGGGGCAAACCCUCUUCGCCAGUGCAGACACCGCUUAUGUCCUUGCCUACUCCAUCAUUAUGUUGACAACAGACCUCCACAGCCCACAGGUGAAGAAUAAAAUGACGAAAGAGCAAUAUAUAAAGAUGAACCGGGGCAUCAAUGACAGCAAAGACCUACCGGAGGAAUAUCUCUCAGCCAUAUAUGACGAGAUCGCAGGGAAGAAGAUCGCGAUGAAGGAGACGAAAGAGCUCACCAUGAAGUCUAACAAGCAGAGUGUGGCCAGUGAGAAGCAGAGGCGUCUGCUGUACAAUGUGGAGAUGGAGCAGAUGGCUAAGACGGCCAAAGCUCUGAUGGAGGCGGUCAGCCACGUCCAGGCUCCCUUCACCAGCGCCACACACCUGGAGCACGUCAGACCCAUGUUCAAGCUGGCGUGGACGCCCUUCCUGGCCGCCUUCAGCGUGGGUCUUCAGGACUGCGACGACACUGAGGUGGCCUCGCUGUGUCUGGAAGGGAUCCGCUGCGCCAUCAGGAUAGCAUGCAUCUUCUGCAUACAGCUGGAGAGGGACGCGUACGUGCAGGCCCUGGCCAGGUUCACCCUGCUGACGGCCAGCUCCGGCAUCGCAGAAAUGAAGCAGAAGAACAUCGACACCAUCAAGACCCUCAUCACUGUGGCUCACACUGACGGCAACUACCUGGGCAACUCCUGGCUUGAGAUCCUGAAAUGCAUCAGUCAGCUGGAGCUGGCUCAGCUGAUUGGCACGGGGGUGAAGGCUCGCUACAUCUCAGGGACGGUGCGUGGCAAAGAGGGCUUCAUUACCAGCACAAAGGAGCAGAGCAGUGACGAGUACCUGGGUCUAGUUGGAGGGACGGUUGACCGUAAGCAGAUUGCCAGCAUUCAGGAAUCAAUCGGAGAGACCAGCUCUCAGAGUGUUGUAGUAGCGGUGGACAGAAUUUUCACAGGCUCCACCAGACUGGAUGGCAACGCAAUAGUGGAUUUCGUGCGCUGGCUGUGUGCUGUGUCCAUGGAUGAGCUGGCCUCGCCUACACACCCACGUAUGUUCAGCCUGCAAAAGAUCGUGGAGAUCUCCUACUACAACAUGGGUCGCAUCAGGCUGCAGUGGUCCAGGAUCUGGGAGGUUAUCGGAGACCACUUCAACAAGGUUGGCUGUAAUCCCAAUGAAGAUGUAGCAAUUUUCGCAGUGGAUUCUCUCAGGCAGCUGUCUAUGAAGUUCUUGGAGAAAGGGGAGCUGGCUAAUUUCAGGUUCCAGAAGGACUUCUUGAGGCCUUUUGAGCACAUCAUGAAGAAGAACAGGUCUCCCACCAUCAGGGACAUGGUAGUGCGAUGUAUUGCCCAGAUGGUUAACUCCCAGGCGGCAAAUAUCCGUUCAGGAUGGAAGAACAUUUUCUCCGUCUUCCACCUGGCUGCCUCGGACCAGGACGAGAGCAUCGUGGAGCUGGCCUUUCAGACCACUGGCCAUAUCGUCACGAAUGUAUUCGAAAAGCACUUUGCAGCUACAAUCGACUCCUUCCAGGACGCCGUCAAGUGUCUGUCAGAGUUUGCCUGCAAUGCCUCAUUCCCAGACACCAGCAUGGAAGCCAUCCGUCUCAUCCGACACUGCGCCAAAUACGUCUCAGAGAGGCCACAGGUCAACGCCUUCAAAGAUUACACCAGUGAUGACAUGAAUGUAGCGCCUGAGGACCGUGUGUGGGUGAGAGGAUGGUUCCCAAUACUCUUUGAGCUCUCCUGCAUCAUCAACAGGUGUAAACUGGAUGUCAGGACCAGGGGGCUCACCGUGAUGUUUGAAGUGAUGAAGACCUACGGGCACACUUUUGAAAAACACUGGUGGCAAGACCUGUUCAGAAUCGUCUUCAGGAUCUUUGACAACAUGAAGCUGCCUGAGCAACAGACCGAGAAAGCAGAAUGGAUGACCACCACAUGCAACCAUGCACUUUAUGCCAUCUGUGAUGUCUUCACACAAUACUUUGAGUCUCUGAAUGGGCUUCUGUUGGAUGAUAUCCUGGCUCAGCUCUUCUGGUGUGUGCAGCAAGAUAACGAGCAGCUCGCCCGUUCGGGCACCAACUGUCUUGAGAACGUGGUCAUCCUAAAUGGGGAGAAGUUCUCCCCGGUGACAUGGGACAAGACGUGUAACUGCAUGCUGGACAUCUUCAAGACCACAAUCCCACAUGCGCUUUUAACAUGGAGACCAGCUGGAGCAGAGGGAGAACACUUUGCCACACAUAGCCUGUCUGAGAAACAGCUGGACUCAAUUUCCCAGAGGUCUGUGGACAUUCAGUCCCGCUCUGACGACCAGCAUUCCACCAGCAGCAUGGACCGGGUGGCUGUGGAGAACCGCCGGCAGAGUCAGCACAGCUCAGUGUCAGGCAUGUCUGAGGACGCCUCCAGGAGCAGGACCCAAACAAAGAUCCAGGAGCAGCGUUUGUUCUCAGCUUUGCUGAUAAAGUGUGUGGUGCAGCUGGAGCUGAUCCAGACCAUCGAUAACAUCGUCUUUUUCCCUGCCACCAGCAAGAAGGAGGAUGCUGAGAACUUUGCUGCUGCUCAGCGGGAUGCUGGGAUGGCAGCAGACGCCCCAGUGGAGACCCAGGACCAGGGCAUGUAUCGCUACCUGACCUCAGAGCAGCUUUUCAAGCUGCUGGACUGUCUGCUGGAGUCCCACCGCUUUGCCAAGGCCUUCAACUCCAACAACGAGCAAAGAACCUUACUGUGGAAAGCAGGUUUCAAAGGAAAGUCAAAGCCCAACUUGUUGAAGCAGGAGACCAGCAGUCUGGCAUGUGGGCUGCGCAUCCUGUUCCGUAUGUACACCGAUGACAGCCGCCAGGAUGCCUGGGAGGAGGUCCAGAGACGAUUGCUCAAUGUCUGCAGUGAAGCUGUAGCAUACUUCCUGGCUCUGACCUCAGAGAGCCACAGAGAGGCCUGGACAAACCUGCUGCUGCUCUUCCUCACCAAGGUGCUAAAGAUCAGCGACAAAAGGUUCAAGGCCCAUGCAUCCAGGUACUACCCUCUGCUGUGUGAGAUCAUGCAGUUCGACCUUAUCCCCGAGCUCCGAGCUGUUCUGAGGAAGUUUUACCUCCGCAUUGGCCUCGUCUUCAACAUCGCACAGCUGCCUGAGCCCGAGCCUGAGCCCGAGCCUGAGCCUGACUCUGAGCGGGUUCCUGUUGACCCAGAGACAGACCCAGGUGUGGGGGUGGAGGCUGGGGAGGAGACCCAGUGAUGUUGCACCACAAACAGCCCGGAACACAAAGCUCCGCUGAGGCCUCAACCGCAGAUCUGUGGAGCAAUGUGUUGUACGCCGAACUCCUGACUUAAAUGGCUGAUUAUCCAUCGGCUGUCUGUUAACACCCACCCACACCCUUAACCCUGCCUCCACACAAACACACACACCCACCUAUUACACACAGACAGAGUUGUUGAUAUGAUAAUAAAAACAAUAAUGUCUUGCACCAGGUGUAGCGUUGCUUCCACUGGAUAAAACUACUGAUCAACAACUGACAGUCGCGCAUAUCUCUGAUCUUAUCAGAACGAAUAUAUUUCAAAACAUGUGUGCUUCUUACUGUAUAUUUAAAAAGUGAAGAAUGAAUGGUUUUCAGCGACACGCAAAAUGACAUAUUCAGCAACUAUGAAAUGUGACACCUGUCACAUGUGGAUAAUAAUGAUUCUCUCUCUGCACUGCAGGUGGCUAACAUUAGUAUUGGUAGCCUCUUCGAUUAAACUAGUUGUACAGAUCUGCCGCUGUGUAAUAUAAUCUUAUAACACUAGAUUGCAUUUAUUUUUGUUUGGGUUUUUUUCCCCUUCGGAUUUGCUGCACUUGAUCUUGUUUUUGAAUGCACUGGAGAUUUUACUUUUGUGAUAAUUUAUUUGACUGCACCACCUCCUGCAGAUAGUCCUACACAGUACGAUUUGUAAUUAAACAAGACUGUGGAAAGUGAAGGGUUAAAUUAUUCCAUUUUAUAUGUUCCUACGUUUUUAACAGAGAUAGACUGGCCUUCUGAAACUGGAAGAUGAGAGAGCAAAACUGAUGCUAGCUGCUUUUGGGUCACUAGUCUGUUUUUCUGUUUUCAUGUGACUUCAGUUUUCACACUUGUGUACAAAAUCAAAAGUUCAUAAUAUAUUUAAUGCUUUUCUUUCUUUUUUGUUUGUUUUUCCUUUGGUUUUGGGGAAGGUUAUAUUUAUAGAGAAAAUGACAAACGUUAGCUGUGCUUUAAGUGUGAAUGGGAAGCGUUCCUGCUCAUGGAUGUAGAAAACAAAAUGUAUAUGAUACAGCAAUGUAAAGUUUUCUAUGUUGCAAAAGACUGUACAACUUUCUGUACGAUACAUCAUCUGGCAUUCUAAUCAGGUUCUAGUUCAAUAAAGUUUUUGAACUUGGUUGAUUUCAAAUGAAAAAUCACUGAGUAAUAUUUUCCACAUUAAAGAUCGG